AUGAUUAGAACAUUAUUAAGACCAACUUCAUUGAGACUUGUUACACCAACUUUUAGAUCUUUCUCCACAUUUUCAACCAGAUUUCAAUUGAUAGAUAAAGAUUCACACGCCUACAAAUAUUUAUAUGAAAAAACCCCCGUUGUUACAAAAUUCACUGAAGAUCAUGAAUGGGUUCAUUUAUAUGAUGAUGAUUCUGCUUUUGUUGGUAUUACUCAAUACGCUGCUCAAGCUUUAGGCGAUGUCACAUUUGUUGACUUGCCAGAAGUUGGUGAUCAUUUGGAAUUGAAUGAGACUUUGGGUUCUGUUGAAUCAGUUAAAUCAUCAGCUGAUGUUUACUCUCCAGUUGAUGGUGAAGUUGUUGGGGUUAAUCUCAAAUUAGAAAGUGAACCAGGUAUUUUAAACCACGAUCCAACGAAAGGUGGAUGGAUUGUUCACAUUAAAUUGGAUGACCCAACUCAAGUCACUAAAUCUGAAACUUUAAUGAGUGAAGAACAAUAUAAGAAGUUUUUAGAAGAAGAAGAAGAAGGCCAUUAA